UCGAUAAGGGAUACAAUUAGUCAUUGACAAAAUACGACGUUGAAAUAUUUUCAGAGGUACCUGACCAAGUACGGUUACUUGCAACCAGGGAAGCCCUCGGACGGAAUGACAUGGAACAGCGAAGCUAUGGAAAGGGGCGUUUGCAAAUUUCAGUUCAUGACUGGGCUGAAUGAAACGUGUAAACUUGACGAAGCAACACUUGCCAUGAUGAACAGACCCCGCUGCGGUGUGCCGGACAUAACUGACGGCAGUCUGGCCACCAGACGGGUGAGGCGCUAUUCCUAUGGAAGAAGAUGGCCUACCAGUAGUUUGACCUACCGCAUCGACAACGUGACCCCCGACAUUACCAACAGAGAGGACAUAGAAAACACAUUCGUCGCCGCUCUCGAGAUCUGGUCUAAUGUCUCAUCCCUCACCUUCACGCGCGUGUUUGGCGACACACCCGCCAACAUCGCCGUCAGGUUCGCCGUCAGGGACCACGGGGACCAGGCAAGUUUCGACGGCGCCAGAGGCGUCCUGGCGCAUGCAUUUCUCCCCUACGAUGGGAGAGUCCAUCUUGACGAAGAUGAGCUUUGGACCAUGAAUACAUACGCAGGAAUCAACCUCUUUCAGGUGGCAGCCCACGAGUUUGGCCACGCCCUUGGCCUGGGCCACACCCAUGUCCGUAGUGCGUUGAUGGCGCCAACCUACAGUGGAUAUGUUCCCAACAUGCAGUUAGACAGCGAUGACAUUGCAGGAAUUCAGGCUCUAUAUGGUCAAAAACCCUAUGGUUCCUCUGAGGAGGACAUGCCGCCUGACCCACCGGGUUGCACCGGCGACGUGGAUGCGGUGACAACCACGCGUGAUCGAAGCACCUACGUGUUUGAAGGGAGUCAAGUCUGGAAAUUUGCGAGUGGGACGAGCCAAAUAGCUACAGGCUUCCCCAAACCCAUAGCUACUGCGUUGCCGGGCCUGCCUGAUAACAUAGACGCAGCCUUUUACUACCCACCCAGUGGGAAGACCUACAUUUUCAAGGGGAGUCAAUACUGGAGGAUCGACAAUGAAGAACUGGACAACGGCUAUCCACGCGAUAUCACCCCCAAUUGGAGAGGUCUGCCGAACGACAUUGACGCUGCCUUCAUAUGGAGCGGAAACAGCCGAGUGUAUUUCAUUAAAGGUGACCGGUACUAUCGCUUUUACGGUGGCGUUGAAGGUGGGUAUCCCCGCCCGUUGAGUGUUUGGCGCAUUCCGGGUAACCGGGUCGGGGCAGCCAUGCAGUGGAUUAACAGGCGGACCUACUUCUUGACCCCAAGUGGAGACUACUACAGGUUCGACGACCGGCAGUUCCAGCCAGAGCGCGGGUACCCGCGAUCUGUCGCCGAAGUGUGGCAGAGGUGCUCCAGUAACCUUCAGGAACUACUGGAACCAAACGACGGUGUCAGUCUGGCACCUAGUCUCCUCGUCUUGAUAAUGGCUGUUUUGUUAUUGUCUAUUCCCUAACAAACCCCUGAAGCCUGUGCAGUUCUGAUAACGGCUUUUUGCUUCCGAAUAAUUAAGUCUUCCAUUCAUUUGUGAAUCUUUAACAACUGCAUCUUAACCACUUAAAGGACAAGAAUAGAAGGAUAUGUUUCUAUCCGAGAUACAUAAAAUCAUUAGAAAUAACAAUCGCUUAUACAGGAGUCAUUAGAUUAAGCUUUUGAAAGAAAAUAAAUUACACUGAGAAACAUCGCUCUUUUCAAUCUAUUCCGGCUUUUUGAUGCAAAGAGGGACUUUUGAAGAUUUUUGUAUUUGCAAUGUUUUCGUCAGAAUGUUUCUGUGAAACUUGACAAGGAUAAAAAAAAUAUUUAUUUUACGAAAAGUAUAGCAUGACCUAUUCAAAAUUUACAAAGUUAAACAAGUUUCAUUUAUGCCUCUUAUAGUGCACAAAGCAAUUUAUUGACCAGUUUUUACUUUAAAUUUAGUUUUUUAUUUAGAGACUAUACAUCUUUUUUCCUCUUCACAGAAAAUUGGUUAUUGGGAUCUGACGCCGGUAACAACUUGUAAAUAUUUUAAAUUACUAAAUUUACUCGACUAUUGGUUUCCAAGGAAGACAGCCAAAUUAAUUAGAAAUCAUGCUAUGCCUAAUGGAAAAUUAAAAAAAAAAUCAGUGAAUUGAAGGAACAUUUCUAGCAGCCACUUGGAGAUACCUUUUUCUUUUAAAGAGACAGAAAGAGAAUUGCCGAACAGGAAGGGCCCAUGUUUAGGACAAAUGUUAAUCCGUGUGUAUUAAACCACCCUUGUGAUGUCUCCACAUUCAGUAAAGUGUCAAUUAUUCUUAAGAAUGUAUAGUUAACUGUAGAUUCUUUAAUAAUUUUGUACAUAUUUAAAAAACCCUACAUUCUUAAAACCUCACGAAUCAAAUUUCACUUCAUAGACACAGAGGAGCAAUUGUGACACUGAAUUAUUACAACGUCAAACAAACAAAAAACGCUCAGUUAAGUACACCAUUUUAGAUGUUCUGUACAAGUUACUGUUCUCUCUGAAUUUUAGAUUUGACGCUGUUAUAUUUUCUGUUCAGAUUAGUUUUAGUUCAUAUUUUUUGUCCAUUUUGCUUAUUAAGAUUUAUAUGCUACUUGUAUAAUUUUGAUUAUUUUAUUAUUUGCCUUUGUCUGUGUGCAGUUCACAUUUAAUCGAAAGUUUCAUUUAAACCUCAGU